GCGCCCUGGAGGCUGACGUCGGGGGCGUGGGGCUGUGAUGCUCGAGCGAGGAUGGUGCGGUGUCAGAGCCAUUGGCCGCCGGUGGUCAUCAAUCAAUUCGGGGCUGGGGGAAAGGUAGAGAAAGAAAGGCGCCCAACGGAGCCUGGGGCCGCGAGCGCCAGCGCCAACAGUGCCAGAAGCGGCGGCCUCAGCGGAGGCGACGGCGGUGGCAACGGGGGACUGAGCGAAAACACACAGCAGUAUUGAUGAGUAGACCCUUGGGUUCAGAGAUUGGGCUGAAACGCACCAUGCCUGCUUCCAUCCUUUGCUCCGGAAAGUUGUGAAUUGCUCAUGCCUAUAGGGAGGAAGGAUGGCACAUGGGAUUCCUUCUCAAGGCAAGGUUACCAUAACGGUGGAUGAGUACAGCUCCAACCCCACCCAGGCAUUCACGCACUACAACAUCAACCAGAGCAGAUUCCAGCCGCCACAUGUACAUAUGGUCGACCCCAUCCCAUAUGACACUCCAAAACCAGCGGGCCACACGCGGUUUGUCUGCAUCUCAGACACACACUCCAGAACAGAUGGUAUCCAGAUGCCUUAUGGGGACAUCCUUCUCCACACAGGCGAUUUCACCGAGCUGGGACUGCCCUCAGAGGUUAAGAAGUUUAAUGACUGGUUAGGAAACCUGCCCUAUGAAUAUAAAAUAGUGAUUGCUGGGAAUCAUGAACUGACAUUUGAUAAGGAAUUCAUGGCAGACCUUGUUAAACAGGACUACUACCGUUUCCCCUCUGUGUCCAAAUUGAAACCAGAGGACUUUGACAACGUUCAGUCCCUCCUGACAAACAGUAUUUACUUACAAGACUCGGAGGUAACAGUGAAGGGAUUCAGGAUAUACGGUGCACCUUGGACCCCGUGGUUUAAUGGUUGGGGCUUUAACCUGCCCAGAGGUCAGUCUCUGCUGGACAAGUGGAACCUUAUCCCUGAGGGCAUCGACAUACUCAUGACACACGGACCUCCUCUCGGUUUUCGAGACUGGGUUCCAAAGGAACUUCAGAGAGUGGGCUGCGUGGAGCUUUUAAACACAGUCCAGAGGCGAGUCCGGCCCAAACUCCAUGUGUUUGGUGGAAUCCAUGAAGGUUACGGCAUUAUGACCGACGGUUACACAACGUACAUCAAUGCCUCAACGUGUACAGUCAGCUUUCAACCGACCAACCCUCCAAUUAUAUUUGACCUUCCAAACCCACAGGGUUCCUGAACCUCCAAAUGCCCAAUUGGAAUGUGAGGAAAGGUCUAAAAACUGCCAUUUUUCUAAUUAUAAACUUACAUUCUCUUCCUUGUUUAUUUCCAGAUCAUGUGAGUUCUUUUUGUAAAUUGCUGGAACACAAAUGAUGCUAGAGGUUGUGCUUCUUCUUUAUUUUUUUUUUUUAAAUGGGGCAUCCAUUUGGAAUCAAAGGAGCGUUGUGAAUUUGUAAAAUGACUUCUGUUUUCUCAAAGGCCACGCCAUUGUAAAUUGUUAGUGUUCGCCAAAGGACAGCCAAGCUUUCUUUUGAAAAGGUGACAAAAGUCUUAUUUUAAUAUGCUUUAAGCUGGAAAAAAAAAAAAAAGACAAAAAAAAAAAAAAAAAAGAAACAGGUAGGCAGUGUUUUAAAAACCACCCAGAUUUGCACAACUGUUUUAAGAGUAUUGUCUGAAGUAUUUUAUUUUUUGAUGUUUUGUUGUUGUUGCUUUUCUUGGGAAUGCUUCUUUUUUGCAGACGUGGCCCGGAUUUAGAACAAUCUUUUCAACAAAAGUAGGCGUGGAAAAGACUUCUCUUCAACACUGUCACUAUAAAGAAAGCUGUGUCGAGGGAAGAAAACGGCCCUCUUUUAGAGGAUGGCUUAGCUAGUGAGAUCCAUAUUGUGAUUAUACAAGGAUUCAUUGUAUGUUUGUUUCUUUUAAAUUAUUUUAGCUUUAAAAAUAAGGAAAUGGAAUCUGUCAAGAGCAGGUAUUUCAUGCAGUAAAAAAAAAAAAAAGAAAAAA